AAAUGCCAUACUGCCUCGAGAGUCUAGGCUUGCCUGUUAUGUCACAUAAAAUUUAAAUGAUGGUAGGACCCUGUAGGACCUUUCUUCAUUUUACUAUUUCGCUACAUACUGAUCGUCAACUGCUAUUCGCAAUGAGGAAAGGCAACUCAUCGAGGAAUUCGACUCAAGAAACUAGUACAUCUAGCGAAGCAACAGCUCGUGGAAGCUCGCACCGACCCCGUGGCAGAGUCGGUCGGUUUCUGCAGAAGGUUAAGGACGGUGCAAACAAGUUAAGGGUCUCGCGCUCGAAGGAUUCCCGUAGCCAUAGCCCUGCUCCCCCGAAUGUGCUGCUUCAAUGUGCUCCACUAACCCCGAAUAUCAACGAG